AUGUUAUCACUCAGGACAAGAGUAGCUACUCUACCUAUAAAAAGGACCCUUCUUCUACAAAAAUCAUUCUUCUCCACCACACGCUCUUGCAAACUAGCUACAACAACCACAGACACAACAACACCCUUCGACAAUAAGGACUACCAUAUAAUCGAUCACGAAUAUGACUGUGUAGUAGUAGGAGCAGGUGGUGCCGGUCUAAGAGCAGCAUUCGGUCUCGCUGAAGCAGGUUUCAAAACAGCCUGUAUUUCAAAACUAUUCCCCACUAGAUCCCAUACAGUCGCUGCACAAGGUGGUAUCAAUGCGGCUCUGGGAAAUAUGCAUCCAGAUGAUUGGAAAUGGCACAUGUAUGAUACCGUCAAGGGCUCAGAUUGGCUAGGUGAUCAAGAUUCUAUUCAUUAUAUGACUCGUGAAGCUCCUCAUUCCAUUAUAGAAUUGGAACAUUACGGUAUGCCAUUCUCUAGAACGGAAGAGGGGAAAAUUUAUCAAAGAGCUUUUGGUGGACAAACUAAAGAGUAUGGGAAGGGUGAACAGGCUUAUAGAACUUGUGCUGUAGCGGAUAGAACUGGUCAUGCUAUGUUGCAUACAUUAUAUGGACAAGCUUUAAGACAUGAUACUCAUUUCUUUAUUGAAUUCUUUGCAAUGGAUUUGUUGACUCAUAAUGGUGAAGUCGUCGGAGUUAUUGCUUAUAAUCAGGAAGAUGGGACUAUUCAUAGGUUUAGAGCUCAUAAAACAGUACUGGCUACUGGUGGGUAUGGAAGAGCUUAUUUCUCUUGUACCUCGGCUCAUACUUGUACUGGGGACGGUAAUGCAAUGGUUUCAAGAGCUGGUUUCCCGUUACAAGAUUUGGAAUUCGUUCAAUUCCACCCCUCAGGGAUUUAUGGUUCUGGUUGUUUGAUCACUGAAGGUGCACGUGGUGAAGGUGGGUUCUUAGUUAAUUCUGAAGGUGAGAGAUUUAUGGAACGUUAUGCUCCAACUGCUAAAGAUUUGGCUUGUAGAGAUGUUGUCUCAAGAGCCAUUACAUUAGAGAUUAGAGAAGGAAGAGGUGUAGGUAAUGAAAAGGAUCAUAUGUUCUUACAAUUGAAUCAUUUACCUCCAUCUGUCUUGAAGGAAAGAUUACCUGGUAUUUCUGAGACUGCUUCUAUUUUCGCUGGCGUAGAUGUUACAAAGGAGCCAAUCCCAAUUUUACCAACUGUUCAUUAUAAUAUGGGUGGUAUUCCAACAAAGUGGAAUGGUGAAGCUUUAACUAUUGAUGAAGAAACUGGUGAAGAUAAAGUUAUUCCUGGUCUAAUGGCUUGUGGUGAAGCUGCUUGUGUCUCCGUCCAUGGUGCCAAUAGAUUGGGAGCUAAUUCAUUAUUAGAUUUAGUUGUCUUCGGUCGUGCUGUGGCUCAUACUGUCGCUGAUACUUUACAACCAAAUACACCUCAUAAACCUGUUCCAGCUGAUAUCGGUAAAGAAUCUAUUGCUAAUUUGGAUAAGAUUAGAAACGCUAAUGGUUCAAGAACAACUGCUGAAAUUAGAAUGAAUAUGAAGAAAACAAUGCAAAAGGAUGUGUCUGUUUUCAGAACCCAAGAGUCUUUAGAUGAAGGUGUAAGUAAUAUAACAGCUGUCGAUAAGACAUUUGAUGAUGUAAAGAUAUCCGAUAGGUCAUUAAUUUGGAACUCUGAUUUGGUUGAAACCUUAGAACUACAAAACUUGUUAACCUGUGCCACUCAAACUGCUGUAUCUGCUGCUGCAAGAAAAGAAUCUCGUGGUGCUCAUGCUAGAGAAGAUUAUCCUGAUAGAGAUGAUGAAAACUGGAUGAAACAUACAUUAUCAUGGCAAUCAAAAGCAGGUGCUCCUGUUGAAUUAAAAUAUAGAAAUGUUAUAUCAACUACUCUAGAUGAAGCUGAAUGUCCUUCUGUUCCGCCAACUGUCAGAUCUUAUUAG